AUGAAGGUCACCACCGCUCUUUUACUUCUGAUCCCUUUUGCCGCCGCUGGCCCCGCAAUCAGCACUGCCGAGGGUCUCCCUGACCUCUCUACCUCCGGCGAAGACGGCUACAGCCUCUCCCACGGCGAGGCUCUCCAACUCGCUGCCAAAGUCUGUCCCGCCAAGUUCCCCCGAAAGUGCUCGAUUGUGCCGGUCGAUGCUAUCGAUAAAGGCUAG